AAUAAAAAAUAAGUCGGAAUGCCUGUGUCAUAUUGAUAUAGCGAGCAGAUAAUCGGUUAUUGGCAUCAGUUACAGUCAUCAUUUUGACAAUGGCAAGCAAAAGAUGGAAGGACGAUAUCGCUUAUGCGAUGAUUCCUUUCAAGUUGAUUACAUGGCCUAUCGGUGUAUGGCCACUUCAAGUUUAUGAUAUUUGUUCAUUAUUGCGUUGUGCGUUAGGCACUUGUUGUGCGAGCCUAGUUGUGAUCUUGUCCUUCAUGGAGGUAUACUUGGGCUGUACUGACGUAGAGCAGAAUAUAGACUGUCUGACAAUAAUCUGCUGCGGAUUGCUCGGUGUGCUGAAAACGACCUGGUUCCGCAUUUAUGCAAAUAGUUUAAUUAACAAUUAUGACUCUGCUCUGAACGAUUAUCUGACGAUUGACAAUACAAAAGAUCGCGAUAUUAUGCGAAAACAUGCUUUUAUAGGAAGGAUUCUUUGCUGUUCCAUGAUGGGCUUUUCUUACUUUAGUUGUCUAAUAUAUGCGAUAACUCCUUUCUUGAAUCAUGACCAAGCUGAUCAGAUUAACAUAACCAACGAGGAUAAGAUACUGGAGUAUGGAUUGCCAUCAAGAUGUACUCUGGAAUAUUUGAAUUUUCCAACAAGCAUGUAUAAAACCGUGUGUCUCGUCGAAAUUUUUAUAAUGAUACUGGCGACUACAACUAAUCUUGGUAAUGACGCGUUGUUUCUCAACAUUACAUUGCAUGUUUGUGGUCAAGUAAACAUUCUGAGGAUCCGUUUCGUCAAUUUUGAUGUCAAAAGUCCGCGAAUUUAUGAUCGUUUCAAUGUGUUAAUUAAAAGACAUCGUUACUUGAUAACGCUGGCCAGAGAACUUGCUGAUUUGAUAAGUUUCAUAUUGCUUAUGGAAUUAUUCAUUAUCAGCAUAUUAUUAUGUAUAAUGGGCUUUCAGCUUAUUUUAGCGUUGAAAAACAAUAAUACAGUAGUGGUAGGAAAGAGUUUAAUGAUAUUGAGUGCCUUCUUGACACAAUUAACCCUGUACAGCUUUAUUGGGAAUUAUCUGAAAUCUGAAAUGGAAGAGAUAGGACUCUCCAUUUAUCAAAGUGCUUGGUACAAUUUUCCUAGGAAAUUGACAAAAAAUAUAAUUUUUAUUCUUAUGCAAACAAAAUAUCCAGUCGCGUUGCAAGCUGGAAAUUUCAUCGUAGUGAAUCUAUCAACUUAUCCAAACGAAUAACGAAUUGAAAUAUUGCAUACUGAGCAAGUAUAGAUAAGUAAAGCGCAUGAUUAGAUUCAACAAAAGAAAUAGUUGCUCGAUGGACUGUAGCCAUUUAGAAAAUGUAUCAUACAUUUUUACUUAACGACAAUUUUACGUAAAAAUGGGGUUAUAUUUGCAUUUAGGCAUGAUGCUUCAAGAGUAUAGAGACAGACUGAUAUAAGCAUAAGCUGUAUACUUUUCAUGCUGAAUAAAAUAUAAGUUGGAAUACCUGCAUUGUGUCGAUAUAGAGAGCGGAUCAUCGGUUAUUGGCAUC